GACGGGAGUGGACUUGCACUGGUGUCGCAUGAUCAACCGAUUAGGAUUUGGAAUCCGACAACUGACAGUUAUAUAUCAGAACUAAAAGGACACCGUGGUCGAGUUACGUUAACUGUGUGGUCGCAGGAUGGAAUUAGGGUCUGGGAUCCGAACACGGGAGAUUGUAUAUCAGUGCUUAAGGAACAUACUGAUCUAGUCCAGUCAAUUGCUUGGUCGCAGGAUGGAAGCGGACUCGCAUCAUCGGCGAACGAUAAAACUAUCAAGAUCUGGGACCUAGAGACUGAAAAUUGCUCAUCAACGCCGGAGGAACUCACUUCCGAGGAUGGAACAGUCAAGAUCCGGGACCUUGCAACUGAACAGUGCAUACCAACGAUCUCGGGACAUCGUGAUCUGGAACACGGCGACCGACGUGACCGGCUUCAACAAGAGAAUUUGGAUCCUUGGCAUACUGCCACUGGCUCAUUCGAGCUAGAGCCCAGUGAAUCCAAUGCGACUUCUCCUAGUCCUUCCGUCCCCACGACCCCUUAA